AUGGCUCCUGAUCUGAAGGAAUACGACGAAGAACAAGCCCGUCUCAUGGCUGAAAUGUGCAUCCUCGUUGACGAGAAUGAUAACCGCAUCGGUGCCGACAGCAAAAAGACUUGCCAUCUGAUGGAAAACAUCAACCAGGGUCUCUUGCAUAGAGCCUUCAGCGUCUUCUUGUUCGAUUCUGAGAACCGUCUUCUUCUUCAGCAACGUGCCAGCGAAAAGAUCACGUUCCCCAACAUGUGGACAAACACUUGCUGCUCGCAUCCUCUCAACACUCCCUCGGAAUUGGUUGAGGAGGCUCAACUUGGUGCUCGUACAGCUGCUCAGCGCAAGUUGGAGCAUGAACUCGGCAUCAAGCCCGAACAAGUUCCCCUUGAUGAUUUCAAGUACUUGACACGUAUUCAUUAUGUUGCACCAAGCGAUGGUCUUUGGGGUGAACAUGAGAUCGAUUACAUCUUUUUCAUCAAGGCCAAUGUUACCAUGGAUGUCAAUGCUAACGAAGUCCGUGAUGUCAAGUGGGUGACUCCCGAGGAAUUACGCGCCAUGUUUGCCGAUCCUGAUGUUCCGAUGACUCCCUGGUUCAAGUUGAUUUGCAACAGCUUCUUGUUCAAUUGGUGGGCCAAGCUUGAUACUAUCGAAAGUGAAAAGGACGAAAAGACCAUCCAUCGUCUUGGCUUCUAA